GCACACGUCAGCUGAGAGAGCGACACAUGUUUUCGCGUCUCAUAAACACAUGUUAAGGUCGUGGUGUGGUUUUCUCGGUAUUGUAUAUUUCUCGCCGUGCAAAGAUUUGCAACCCAUAGACAUAUGAAUAAAAUAAAGAGGUAUGAAGGUGAAAGUGCUUUGUAGGAAUCCGGACGAUUAUGUUCGCGAGACAACACGGGAUAUACAACGUGUUCCCAGAAAUUAUGACCGCACUCUCCAUCCAUUCGAGGUACCAAGAGAGUACACCAGAGCCCUGAAUGCCACCAAGAUGGAGCGCCUAUUCGCGAAACCCUUCGUGGCCUCCCUGGGCGGCCACAGAGACGGCGUUAGCUGCCUGGCUAAGCAUGCCAAGAGUCUGUCCACUGUGUUAUCUGGAGCUUGUGACGGAGAGGUGAAGGUGUGGAACCUCAGCAGGCGGGAGUGCCUGCGUACUAUCCCGGCCCACGAGGGCUUCGUGAGGGCUAUAUGCUCGCGAUUCUGCGGGACUUCGUUUUUUACGGUAGGAGAUGAUAAGACCGUCAAGCAAUGGAGAAUGGAGGCCCCUGGAUAUAGGGUGCGGGAAGAGCCCCUGAACACCAUUCUUGGGAAGGCCGUGUACACGGGCAUUGACCACCACCAGAGCGAGGGCACGUUCGCCACGUGCGGCCAGACGGUGGAUAUCUGGGACGAGCAGAGAACCAGCCCCAUCCGCUCCUUCAGCUGGGGCGUGGACAGCUUCAGCUGCGUGCGCUACAACCCUGUAGAGACUGAACUCCUGGCCAGCUGUGCCUCGGACAGGAGUAUCGUGCUGUAUGACAUGAGAGAGUCCACCCCUCUUAAAAAGGUCAUAAUGAAACUCAGAAGCAACACACUUUGCUGGAACCCAAUGGAGGCUUACAAUUUCACAUGCUCCAAUGAAGACUACAACCUGUACACAUAUGAUAUGAGAUAUCUGGAGACACCAGUGACGGUGCACAUGGACCACGUCUCUGCCGUGUUGGAUGUGGACUACUCACCUACGGGGAAGGAAUUUGUGUCUGCCAGCUUCGACAGGACCAUACGCAUCUUCCCCAAGGACAAAGGUCACAGCAGGGAGGUGUACCACACCAAGCGCAUGCAGCACGUCAUCUGUGUGAGGUGGUCGGCGGACAACAAGUACGUUCUAAGCGGCUCGGACGAAAUGAACAUCCGUGUGUGGAAGGCCAACGCCUCGGAGAAGCUGGGAGUGGUAAGAGCCUCCAGCCCCUCGAGGCAGCUGACCCCACUAAGCCGGGCUGUUCUCUGUGGAAUAUGCCGAGCUCACCUCCAGGGAGAAGGCAGCCGUGCAGUACAACCAGAAGCUGAAGGCAAAGUUCAAGAACCACCCGAAGGUGCGGCGCAUCGCCCACCACCGCCACCUCCCCCGGGACAUCUUCAAGCAGAAGCGAGAGUUGCGGGACAUGAAGGAGGCGCGUCGCAGGAAAGAACAAAACGUGCACAAACACAGCAAGCCGGGCUCUGUUCCCAUAGUGACCGAGAAGGAGAAGCACGUGGUGACCGUGGUAGAAUAACGCGGACGAGCUUCAGUUGUGCACAAAAACAUGCGAAAAAACUUUUCUCCCUGCCAUUGCCAUUCCGAGACGUCCUGUUGACCAAAGUCGGCAUUGCAGUUUUCCAUACUUUAUAGUGGACUAACUGAACAUGAGCUACAGCAGUCAUAGCUGUGUAGGAUUUUGGUUUUGGUUUUGUUAAAGAACCUGAUGGUAAAAGAAUGCAACUCCUGAUUCUUCACUCUGAAUUAUUUUGCUUCUGUGACCGUAUUGAGCAAAUGUUUCUGGGGUACUUUUUAAGCAGUUUUCUGCAACAGCAACAACCUGACCUGCCCACCAACCUUGGAGAAAUAAAACAUGGUCUUUAUGUAA